AUGGCCGAGCUCCCGUUGAAGGUGCACCUCACCUCUCACCCCAUUGGCCUGAGGAUGCGUCGGCCCUCGGUGUACCAGGACGAGAAGCAGCUCACGUGGCUGCAUUUUGUCAUGGAGACAAGAGGUGUCCUGCAAGUACGGUUGAGCCAGGAAGACAUCCCCAGUGGGCGUAUCGAAUUCACCACCAACCCGCUUUACUGGAGCACCAUGCCUUUGCUGUGGACGCUCCAAACUGGCAACCAGUACCUGGACUGCAAGUGCCGGUUCUGGCAUAUCGUGCACCACAUCAAGGAGAAUGGCAUGGAGGAAAUGAUACUUGAGUUGAUGGACGACUCGUAG